AUGUUCGGGGCGGCGGAGGAGGACGAUGCGGACUUCCUGUCCCCCGCCAGCGGUGCCAGAUUGGCCUCACUCUUUGGCCUGGAUCAAACAGUCUCAAGCCAUGGAAAUGAAUUUUUCCAAUACACUGCACCAAAGCAGCCUAAAAAGGGUCAGACAACAACUGCAGCUCCGCUAGUCCAGAAGGGUCCCGCAGCUCCAGCUGCUCCGGGAGCCCCCACAGUGUUCGUGGCCACCGCGGUUCACGCGUAUCGAUAUACAAAUGGGCAAUAUUUGAAGCAAGGCAAGUAUGGAGCAGCUGUAGUGGGGAACCAUGCUGCCAAAGAGUACAGGAUCCUCCUUUACAUAAGUCAGCAGCAACAAAUCACAUCGGCAAGAAUCCACCCAGCCUUCAUGCUCACGGUUCAACCCAACAAUUACAGUACAUUCUAUGAUGAUCAGAGACAAAACUGGUCGAUCAUGUUUGAGUCAGAAAAGGCAGCGAUGGAUUUCAGUAAGCAGGUCUGUAUUGCCAAAUGCAACAGUUCCCCCGUGUUUGAUUUGGUCCUCUACCAGGAUCUCCUUCCUGGAGAAGGGCAAGGAGCAGAAGCAGGAGACUCCCUAGAGGUUGCCUAUACAGGUUGGCUGUUCCAGAACAAUGGGAUUGGACAGGUUUUUGACUCAAAUGUCAACAAGGACAAGCUGUUGCGGCUCAAGCUGGGAUCUGGAAAGGUCAUCAAGGGCUGGGAAGAAGGAAUGAUGGGGAUGAAGAAAGGAGGACGAAGGUGUCUCAUUAUUCCUCCUGCCUUGGCGUACGGGGCUCAGGGAGUGUCUGGCCGUGUCCCUCCAGACUCUACGUUGGUGUUUGAGGUGGAAGUUAGGCGGGUGAAGCUGGUAAAAGAAGGCUCUGGUUCAGAUGGACAGAGCAUUAGUUCUAGAGAUUCUCUUGCACCUUCCCCAGUACCCAAUUCAGAUGGUUUUUCUGCAGAUCCUGUUUUAUUGCCUCCAUCUACAAUACCUCCAAAGCCUGGGGAGCCAGCUGUUCGGACCAAGUCAAACUCAAUCAGUGAACAACUGGCAAACCCAGACGUAGCAAAGGCAAAGCUGAUUUCUCGGAUGGCUAAAAUGGGACAGCCCAUGCUCCCUUUCCUUGCUGGGACAGGAGGUAGUCAGCUUGACUCCAGUGACUCAGAAAUAGAGGAUCCAAAUACAUCGAGGGGGACAGCGCAGCCAGUGGCUCCAGCUCCCAUGAGACCAUCGCAGCCAACUCACGCAGCGCCGCCUGCAGCAUCAACACAAGUACCUCAGGUAUCUGGUUCUACACCCCUUGUAUCUUCUGCUGCUUUGAUACCUGCCACCAUUCCACCCCACUCAGCUUUGCCUGGAGGAUCACAGGGCUUUCAGGCUUAUACAGGAAUGGCAUUUGCUUAUCCCCAAACCACUGCGUCUGCUUCUCAGCUCCAACCUGCAGGACAGAUGUAUCCUGCACCUUACCAAGCACCUGGGGAUGUUACUUCCUUUUUGAUGGCAGAGGCACGGCAACAUAACACAGAAAUCCGCAUGGCUGUUAGCAAAGUGGCAGACAAAGUGGAUCACCUGGCUGCGAAGGUGGAGGAGUUAAAGAAACAAAAUGCUGGUAACAGUUUAUUGCUACCUGGCAUCUCGUCUGUUACCAUGGAAGCUUCCAUGAUCAUGAGCAACAUUCAGCGCAUAAUCCAGGAGAAUGAGAGACUGAAGCAAGAGAUAUUUGAGAAGAGCAGUCGGAUUGAAGAGCAGAAUGAGAAGAUCAGUGAGCUGAUUGAGCGGAACCAGAGAUAUGUAGAACAAAGUAACUUGCUGAUGGAGCAGAGGAACCAUUCGCUGCAGGCAACAAAUGAAAACACACAAGCAAGAGUGUUGCAUGCAGAACAGGAGAAGGCCAAAGUUGCGGAGGAACUAGCAAGUGCCACGGCACAGGUUUCCCAGCUGCAGCUGGAGCUGACCGCCCACCAGAAGAAGGAAAUGGACCUGCGGAAGCAGCUCUCUGCUGCCCUGCAAGAGGCUGAGCGCCAUGAGGUGCAGCUUAACAAGCUGCAAGGACAGCUGGCAGAGCUGCAAGAAGCCUCAGAAGAUACUCGUACUAGAUUCAAAGCUGAGAAGCAGAGCCGCAAGCACCUGGACAUGAAGAUUGCAGCACUGGAAGAAGAGCUAACAGAUCUAAAAGUAGAAAAGGAGACCCUUGAAAGGAACCUUGCAGAGAGGAAAAAGAAAUCCCUCGCAGAGAGAACUCAAGCAGAAGAAGAGAUGGAAGAGAUACGACAGCUGCUGAAAAAGGCACGGACUUCAACUGACCAGGCAGCAGCAGAGCAGCUGUCCCUCAUCCAGGCAGAGCUGGAGUCCCAGUGGGAAGCCAAAUGUGAACGUACGCUGGCUUCUGCCAAGGAGCAGCACGUUAGGCAGUACCAGGAGGUGUGUGAGCAAAGGGAUUCUCUGCAAGAGAAGGUGUCCCAGCUGGAAGAGAAGCUCACAGCUCUAAAACACUCCAAAAAAGAAGAGGAGCAGAAAUUUUCAGAGUUGCAGCAACGUUUAGAAGAACUAGAGCCCAUCAAAGAGAAGUAUUCAGCCUUGCAGGCUGACGUUACGGUGCUGAGGGCUGGCUAUGAAGAACGCAUACAAGAGCUGGCAAAGGAUCAGGAUGGAUCUCCACCUGCAGACUUCGUAGAAGAAGUAAAGAAGAUAAUGAAUGGAGUGUUUCAGUCUCUUCGGUGUGAAUUUGAACUGGAAGAGACAUACAGUGGCAGGACGGUUCUGGGUGUUAUCAUGAACACGAUUAAGACUGUAACACUGCAGCUACUUCACAGGCAGCAAGCAAGACAAGAGCAUGGCAGUAAAGCAGAGGGAUCUGGGACAGGAGCAGGGAAAUGGGAGGAAUCACUUGAAGCAAAGGAAGACCACAGAGAGCCCACACUGCAUAGCCCAGCACGGAGCUCUACGUGCCCGUCUGAUCUCGGGGAGGCAACCACAGCAGUGUCUGGUGAGGAGGAUGAACCUGCUACUCCAGCUGCUAGGCCAAGACCCCCAGAGGAAGAACAGGCUACACAAAGCAAUGGAGUGUCGGAAGAGGAGAAGGUUGUAGAGGUUUGUGGUGAACUUUGCUCCUCCUCUUCAGGACCUGAAUCCUCUCUGAAUCCUGAUAAGGGCCUGGUGAUUGCAGGACAGCCAGUUCCUCUUGUGGAUGAGAGCUUCAUUUCAGCUGUGCAAAAGGAGGAGGGUGGUUCUAUCAGAAUAGCUGAGAAUGGAUUAUGUCCCUCAGGAGUGUGUUUGCAGGCAGAAGCUGGAGAAGUUUCUGCUCUAGAGACAAAGCCAAAAGAGGUGGACGUGACCACGCUCCCAGAAAAGCAAGCUGCAGAGGAGCUUGUGGGAGGUUUAGAGCCUCCUCCCUUAAAUAGCGAUGGAGGAAGCUGUACAGGCCCCUCUGAUGGGGACAGCUCUGAGGAGCCUGCUUCAGCAUCCAAUGCAGAAGAGAAGAGUUCAGCUGUCAUCAGAGAAACCCCAGGCCACCAGGAGUCAAGCUGCAGCACUGGGCAGAAGGAUUCCAGCCUUUUUGAAGAUGACAGCUUCUUUAAAACAGCAUCUAAUAAAGCACCGAAGCCUCAAAUUCCAUCUGAGGAAGAGGAUGAGGAGGAAGUGAGCAUGAAGGGGCGCCCCCCUCCAGCUCCACUCUUUGGGGAUGAUGAUGAUGAUGAUCUGGACUGGCUGGGAUGAAGAGUUCUCUGGGAAGCCUGUGAGCCAUCUUCUUUGGGCAUGGACUCCUCAUGUGCACUUGGCACUUACAAGCUGCCUAUAUGGGAUAGUUGUGAACAAUUGU